AUGGCUAUCAUCCCUGGCUUUCCCGGUGUCGAGGUCACCAUCGCCGUUGGAGAACUUGUAGUUCACGAGUACUCUGACCCUGCUGGUGGAAAGCGCGGCGUUCUCGGCGCUAUCGGAGACGCGAUCAAGAGAAUAUCCAAGUUCAUUGAAGCCAAAGACAAGGAAGGCUUUGUCAUCCGCCUUAAGGUUACCAGCGACUAUGACUGGAGACACAAAAAUCACAGUCUUAACAUUGCUGUUCUGAUCGACGGCAAGUGGGUCAAGGGAGAGCUUUGUCGCUCGCAUAACACUCACACGAGGCCCUGGGAGCGUGAUAUCUCUCAUCGAAUCAUCAAGAAUCCCCUCGCCCAGACGGGAUACGUCUCUCAGACCUUCGAGUUUACGACGAUCAAGCACAUCGAGAAUGCAGCCGAAGAUCAGAUUGACGAAGACGCCCUACUUGCCAAGCAGCUAGGCUCCAUUGAAGUCCUCUUCUACCGAACAGUAGAAACUGAUGGCAGAGAGAUCAUGCCUCCUCCUUCGGGCAACGAAGAUAAGGAGGUCGCGGUCUCGACUGAGUCCAUGAAGGGUAUGGCUCUCUCGCAUGGCACUAGCUACGCCAAUACUACACCAACGCUCAAGCCAUCAUACGUGAAGUGUGAUAACAUUGAGGAGGAUCACGGACCCAUUGCCGUCUUCCAGUUCAAUUAUCGAUCGCGAGAGGCUCUCAUACAAGAGGGCGUGAGCCCUCGCCCCAGUCACAGCCGUGGACAAUCCAGAGGGUUGCCUGGUCUAUCUCGGGAGGAGAUAGACGGUCUUGCGCACAGGCAACUCAACCGCAGCAAGCAAGCAGCUUCAGGGUCUGCAGAUAAUGAUGAACUUGAAGAGCGACUGAAGGCGGUCAAGGACGAGAUUUCCGCGAGAGAUGCUGCCAAAGAGAGAGCAGCGCAGGUACUCCAGGACAGACUCCUCAAGAUCAAGGAAGAAUCCCAGGUUACGCAUAAACGCCAAGCCCCGCCGCCUGAAGGCUUCUUCCAGAGAGAAGAAAGUUCCUUUCCUGAGAUCCUCCCCGUCAAGCGAGAACAGCGGCAACCAAGAGAGAAAACCCUUACUAGGAUUGACAACCUCGAGGAGGGCGACGACAUUGACGAUGUCCCCCUGAAGUCUGAAGGUCUCGCGGCGGAUGCCACCAUUAGCCGUGACAUUGGACAGACAAUAGUCAUUGACGGCGAAGACGAGGGUCACGAAGAGAAACCUCAAAUACAUCAGGCCCCUGAGGCAAUGAUCUCCAGAGGCUUUGGGGAGACAAUCGUCCUUGAUAAGGAGGAGAAGGUUGUUCCCAAGGGACAGCCUGCCGUGGGUGCGCAACGUCAUUCCAAGAACCAAGCCAUCGUCAUUGACGACGAAGAUGAGACCGAUCGGGAUCCGAUUGUCUAUGGAACCCGUGCCAUGAACAAAGGCAAGGCUAAGGCACGCACUCUCCCAUCUUUCGAGCGUUCCUUGCGACGCGAGCCUGCCAUCGAGCAGGAGAACAAGCAACCCGAACCUACCAUCGAGCAAGAGCCCAAUGCACCAGUUCAGGACGCGAUAAACCACCAGACUCCUGCCAAAGACAAAGAAGACAAAGACCCUCAAGAGGAAGAUCUUGAGGACCAAUGCCAGCAAUGCCCCGAGCCUCGUGUCUUCUUCAUUGAUGAAGAAGGCAAUGUUCACAGCGAACUCAGCAAGGAACCCAGUCCGGCAUUCCAACCUGCACAUGAUGAGCAGGCCUCUGGCAUUCAUGCGGCGGAAGAUAUUGAGGCGGCACAUAUACUUCUAAGUAUGCAGUAUGGACAUGCAGUCCCUAUCGCCAAGGAUGCGCCUAUUGACGAAAACAAGCCUGCUGUCGCCGAAGACAAGCCUGCUGUCGCUGAGGAGGAGCUGCCUGUCGCCGAGGACGAGCUUUUUGUCGCCGCAAACGAGCCUGUUGCAGCAGCCGACCAAAACUUGGACGGUGAACCCAUGGAUCUUGACAUCCCUGAAGUCAUGGUCAUCGAUAAUGAUGACGACAACGAGGACGUCAGACCCAUGGUUAAGGAAGAAAAAGUCAAGCCUGCCCAGGACGAUCAGGAUGACGUUCUUAUCUUCGUGGGAGAAAACCAGUCCGCCACCCCGCAACAGCUCAUGAACGACACGGACCAAGUUCUCGGCGACCAGGCCGGCAACAUUCCCGUAGAGGUGUUCCGCCAGGAGUUUGAACGUUUCUCGCAACGAAUGUUCAAUAUUCUCGAUGGCCAGCAACCUGCUGCAGCUCCGGCCCAACCAUCUCUCCCGUCUUUUGAGCGUUUCAACCCAGCUCCUGCCCCUCUCCCAACUCAGACCCCGUCUGUCAACAACAACGCCUCUGGCAGAAACCGCACCAUGACAAAGCAAGAGAUUCUCACAAAGCGACAACUCGACGAGAUGGACGAGCAGGUUGACCUCUCAGCUCCGCUCUGGCGUCCGCGACCCCACAAGAAGUCGAAGACUGCAGCUGGACAGGAGAUCAUCGAUCUCAUUGACUCUGACGAUGAGUGA